ACAGUUGAACAACAACAAUCAGGCUUCCGGUUUUUCCCCAUUCUUACUAGAGAGUUCACUUGCAUGAUCUUGUGAGCGUAAAAUCGUUUAUGUAUAAUAGAUUUACGUGUACGCGAGAUACAUUUUAUUAUUUUGUUUGUCGUGGAAUAAGCACCGAAAGAGCUAUUACUGACUUUGAUACACCGCUUUAUGUGACCAUUACACUGCGGGCAACUUCCAAUACGGGUUAUUAUGAGCGAAGGAGAGGUAUUCCAUGAGAAGCAGCGACUGGAGUUGUGCGCCAUUCAUGCUCUGAACAACGUUCUGCAAGAACAAGUGUUCACCAAGGAGACGGCAGAUGACAUCUGCAAGCGGCUCGCUCCACAGUGUGUGGUGAACCCUCACCGCUCCAUGCUGGGCACAGGCAACUAUGACGUCAACGUCAUCAUGGCUGCCCUACAGAGCAGAGAGUUGGCUGCAGUAUGGUGGGACAAACGCAGAACAAUACAUAGUCUCUGUGUUGACAAGGUCCAGGGGUUCAUCCUGAACAUUCCGUCACGUGUCUCUCUUGGAAUUGUGUCCCUCCCCGUCAAGCGGCGGCACUGGCUUGCAGUGCGUCAGGUUAAUGGACACUACUACAACCUCGACUCCAAACUAAAGAGUCCUGUCUGCGUCGGGAACGAAGCAGAUCUCCGUACAUUUCUCAGUGAAGUUCUGUCUCCGGACGUGGCAGAGAUGCUCCUGGUUGUGAGGAGGGACGUGGAGGAGUAUGGAACCUGGCUGAACUCUGAUGACCUCAGGAAGUGAUUCCUCUGGCCUGGGCAUUCCUUCAUUCAUUCAGCAUGGGACUCAAACUCCUGCUCUACUCUGGAAAAACAAAUAACAUUUUAGAAAACAAGAGGCGCUUAACAAAAAGUACAUAUUUCAGGAAAUGCAUUACCGGUUGCUGAGGAGUGUGGGCUCUCUUAGACACACAAAGUUCCAAAGAGAAUUUAAGAUGACGAGGGAUUUCUGUCCCAAAUGACUUGUUUGUAACAGUUUACUGACUGUUGUUUGGAUUUCUACACUACAGCUGCAUCUAUAUAUUGUUCCUUCUCUCUCUUCCUUCUUCCUAUGCCCUGUUGAGGUAGAUCAGUUAGAACUAGUUUGUCUUUGUUAUUCUAUGCACUGCACUGUCGAGGUAGAUCAGUUAGAACUAGUUUGUCUUUGUUAUUCUAUGCACUGAGGAGGUACAGAGGCGGCACUGGAUGUCAUGUUGACAACUGACUGUGUGAAAAUAAUGCUUCUAUGUUUGUGUUCUGUCUGCAUCUACAUCUAACUAUGCAUAUCCAAGUGCACUGUCUUUCUGUUACACGCGCUCAAACUACACACACACUCAGAGGAUAAAGAAAAUGUUAUUUAUAUGUAA